CAUCCGGAAGCGGUGUGAAAUUUGAACAACCAUCACAGCAACAAUAAACACGCACUUUCUCUUCACGGUACGUCUGCGCAGUGCACAUUUUAUCCAAAAAAAUACGAUAAAACAGGCACAAGAAGCAUUUUUGAGGUGUUUCCAAAUCCAAGUCCUCCAAGCUCAAGGCGGUAAAAUGGAGGAAGAGAUUGCGUUAGCAGAGACCGAACAAGGAGAAGCUGUGACCAGUGAAGGUGACGCCGUUACAGACGAGACUAACAGCAGACCCGUUAAGCGGGGAAGAGGGAGGCCGCAGGGCUCCAAGAAGCUUAAAGUUUGUGUUUCAGAGAUCAACGUUUCCUCAGGUGAUCCUAAUAGUUCACCCGCCAAGAGAGGAAGAGGCCGUCCAAAACUUUCCACCACAAAACACACCGAAGAGGACAGUUUGGAGGAUGGCAACAGUGACGAUUCGGUGCCAAAGUCUCUGGGUCGAGGCAGGCCCAAAGGGUCGAAGAAACAGAUCAGUGAAAAAAGCCAGACUGAGGAGACUCCUAAGAAAAGGGGCCGGCCUAGAAAGUCCCUCAGUCAAAGUCCGGGUGAGGGUGAGAAAUCUCCUGACUUACCCAACGGUGGCACUGACACGCCGAAAAGAGGACGUCCCAAAGGGUCCUUCAAGCGCAAAAUAGAAAGUUCAGAAAGUGCGGAAGAAGGCGCAACACCGAGCAAACGAGGUCGGCCAAAAGGCUCUCUCAACAAGAAACCCCGGCUGGAGCGGGAAGCCAGCAAGGAGGACGCAGACGCCGACCAAGUACCCAACUCACCCAGAUCAGGGAGAGGGCGGCGGAUUAAAGUGGUGCUGUCCCAGAGCGCUUCAAACGGCAUCUCAAAGACGCCUCGAAGUGGAAGGGGGAGGCCACGAAAAAAUAUUUCCCUCCAGCCCUCAGACGACUCCCAGCCAGUCAAGAGAGGAAGAGGUCGACCUAAAGGCUCAUCCAAGGAGAAGCCCGCUGCCUAUAAGACGCUCGGUAAGUCUGACCGGCUUCGGAAAGUCUCUCAGCUGACCGCAAAAGGGAAGAAGCACGGGCGACCGCGUUUACACCCGCUACCGGCCAAAAGAGGAAGGCCGAGAAAGUAUCCCCUGCCGUCGCCCGAUGAGCGGAAGAAGCCCAAAGUGUGGAAGCCGCUAGGAAGGCCGAGGAAAUACUCUCGGGUCGACCCUCCAGAGGGCGCUCUGUCAGCUCCCCGCCGAAGCCGCGGCCGGCCCCGCAAGUCCGAGUCCAAAAAAGGCGCUCAUUUGCGUAAAAGUGUCCCAGCAGCUCCACAGCAGCCCUACGACGGCCCCCCGAGAAAAAGGGGCCGCCCCAAAAAGAAGGAGGACGGCGCCCCGCAGAAGAAGAGGGGUCGUCCUCAGGGCUCUUUAAAGCAAGCCAAAAGUGGAACGCAGCCCGGCGACAGCCUCCCCAACCACUCGGAGUCGCCCAGCGAAGCCGCGACAGACAAGGCUGAGGCGGUGAAGAAGGGGGCGGAGAACGUCACAGCGUCCGCCGAGCCGCAAGUCGAUACAGAAGGCUCCGUGAUCGAUCAGGACGCCGUCCCCGUCUGACCAAAACACACACACACACACACACACACAUUGCUGUAGUAAUUACAUUUUAAAACAUAGAAUACAUUUUCAUCAAUGGGAAAAGAAAAGAAAAAAAAAGUUUUUAAUUUUGUCAGUUGAUAUUCUGUAGCUCCUCUGUUUCUCUAACUCUGUUUCUUGUUUUCACUGUGCUUGAUUUACUCCUUUUUUUCUUAAAAUGCAUUUGUUUUUUGUCAUCUGAGUAAUGGAAGUACUAAUGACAUGGAGGUGGCUAUGAUAGAGUGACCGUUGUGUUUUCAUUGUGCCUCGCGGCUGUAGUGUUUGUUAGUUUAGUUUUCAGUAAAACGGUUGCUGGGAAGUUUCUCAAGUGGGAGGAAAUCCCAGAGAAAUGUUAGACUGUUAGGAAAUGUAUGUCAACGCAGUUUCGUAUUCAGCUAUUCUUUUUUUUUUCUUUUUUUUUUCUUUUUUUUUUUUCAUCUGUUAAAAAAGGUUCAUGUAAUUAGAUUGAUUUUGAUUUUAAAUCCAUUCACCUUUUGUUUUCAUUCCUCUGAAAUCUCCAUAAACAUCAGUUAUAGUAGGUUUGGGACUCAGUGUCUUGCCGCAUGAUUGCUAACUUCUUUUAUUUUUUGUCUGUGGAAUGUUUCCCAAGACUGGUUUUUAAUGGUUUUUGCUUUCCCUUACAUCAAAAUAAAGAAAAUAAACCCCUUUGUUUUUUUUUUUUCCUGUCAUUGAGAUUAAGUCAUUUCUUGUCUUGCCUAUGUUGGCAUAUUAGGGCCAGAGGAAGAUGUCUGCAUUUUAAGGGUGAAGCUGUAAUACAAGGUUACUAUAUUCUUCAAUUUCUGAUUUGAUUUUUAUUAGUUAUUUUUAAACUAUUGUCUAUAUUCUUAAUGCAAAUUUUAAAAAACACUUCCUGUUUGUGCCUCUCGUUCGGUAUGGCCCUAAUGUGUAGCUGUCGUCGUGUCCGAUUCUUCUUAUUUGCAUACUGUCUUCUGUGAGGAAGUGUCCGCAGCUUUUGAAGAGUAACAAAAAAAAAAAAGUCUAAAUGAUGCUGUGAUUUCCUCGAUGCCAUUUCGCAGCUCAUCGUGGCCUCAUUGUUUGUUUUUUGCCUUAAUUGCCAAAGUUUGGAAUGUACCAUCCACGACUUCGAUUGACUUCAUCCUGCACUGAUCAGCUCCUUCGUUUUUAAAUAACUGCAUUCCUCAAAAAGAUGGGGUAAAAAAAAAUAUGUAUCUGACGAGAAGGUUUCCUCCUCCACAUUGACAGUGGAUUGAAAAAGUAUUAAUCCCCCUUGAAGUUUUCCACACUUCCCACAUCAUUAAAGUUGUAAUGCAAAUGUAUUUUAUUGGAAUUUUGUUUUAAUAGAUCAACAAAACGUGCCGCAUGAUUGAAGUGAAGGGAAAUUGAUGGUUUUCAAUUAAAAAAAAAAAAAAAAAAAGGAUCACUGAAGUGUGGAAAACUUUAACCGCGUGUGAAUAUUUUUCCUCGCCACUCUUUUGUGUCUAUACUUGUUGAUUUGCAGUCGUUACAGCUCUACAGUCCUCCAAACGUUUGUAGCUGUGAAACCUUUUUUUUUUUUCUUUUUUUUUUUUUUAUUCUAAUGAAACAACCGGUUUGAUUUUACAAACAUUAGUUCAUUUGUUUGGAGUACCUUGUAUACAUUAAUGUGACAUGACUUGUUUAAUAUUAUUACUGAUCCUGACAGCUUCUGGGUGGACUCAAACAUUGAACAUUUCUAAAUGCUAAUGGAGGAGGUUCAGAGUUUAAAAAAAAUAUAUAUAUGGUUGAAUUUGAACCGGCUUUGUGAAUUCAGACGAUUGUAAGUGGACAUUUGCAUUUUCGUGUGUUUUGAAAAAGUCAAUAAUUUGUGAGAUUAUGGUCGAGUUGAAAUAAAAUGUUGAUCUGUUUUA